GCGAAGCCGCAUCCUUGCAGUCGCAGCAGGCGGCAUGCCCAUCCAACAGGCAGGCCCCGCCCGGUCGCCAUUCAUGGCGCGCCGCCCCGUCGAAAACCACGCACCGCCCACCGUCCUUCCGCAGCGGCAGGGCGCACCACGCGCGCAUAAAAAUCUCCCGGCUCAGCCUCCCCUCCCUCUCCAGCCAUCGCCGUUCCUAGCGCCAUUCAGUUCCAAGCUGCUGCCACCACCACCACUACUAGUUUCCAACACCAGAUCUGCACAUAAGCAAAAGCGCACCACCGCUCCCACUGUCGGUAUCCCACCGGUGCGAUCGAUCGAUCGAGGCGCUGCUCGUCUCGUCCCAUGGCGUCCAUCGUGCUGCUGCUGUCGGAGCUGCUGGGCGGGGAGAGCGCCAGCGUGCUGGCGGCCGACCGCUACAUCAUGGGCGGCCGGCUCAGCCUGGGCCGGGAGUUCCGCCCCGCCGUGACGGAGGCGUCGGCGGCCAAGCAGAGCGAACGGCCGGCCGCCGGGGCAGAGAGGGCGCGGGAGGAGGAGAAGCAGAGGAAGGAGGAGUCGUUCGAGGACCUCGCCGUGUCCAGGAUCGCAGUCGACGUCAUGUGGCCUUAGAGAGCGUGAUCUUGGUGAACGAGUCCUCUUGCCGCUUUGGACGCGUUCGUUGUGGCAAAGGCAACACACGCGCUCCUCUCGUGUAAAUAGUACUAUGCCGUAAACGGAUUGCUCAAUUUUGUCCAGACUUUUGUCCUGAAAAUGUUCUCCGAUCA